AAAAAAAAUGAUGUAAACAAUAAAAUCAACACCACAAGUGUUUGAACCCCCGUUUUGAGCCUUACAAGGAAAACUAGGGAGUAAUAUCGCUAAAGUUGGCGUUGCUACUAAAAAAUAUCCCUCUAUGCAAAUCCUGUAAAGUUUUGCAGGUUUUGCACAAUUCUGAGAGUUCGUAUCUCUAUGUUCUCUUCAGUGUUUCUCUCGUAACAAAGUUGAUCAUAUCAAUCAUAUUCACUUGAUAAACUGCAAUAAAUCUUUUCUAAUGUAAACAUCAUCCACGUGCGGGCGUCAGUCUCAUUAUUGUUUUCUUUUGCAUUUCCAUUUCCAUUCUUGUGGCUCCUCUCUUUAGGUUAACUCAUAAUUUUUUAAAAAGUUGUACCUUCAAAUUUUGAAAAGUGUAUGUGUACGACUAUUCUUUUAGUUAAACUCAGUGCAAACAUCCAAUGGAAAUGUUUUAAAAGUAUAUGAUUUGUAAUAUAUUUGUCAUAUUUGGAAUUGUAUUAUUUAUUUGAGAGACACUUUUGUGCGAAAGUAUGUCUGAGGAACUGAUAAAUGAAAGUCUUUUGGGAAUAGCAGCAGUACACGGUGGCUUAGUUGUGUUAGAAGAUUGUCAGACAAUUUUACGUAAAGAUUAUAAAAAUAUGAUUGGACAAGUGAAAAUAAUAUCUGGAGGUAGAGCUGAAAAUAAAUUACCAUAUACAGAAUGCGUUGGUCAUGGUAUGUUAACGGCUGCAAUUUUAGGAAAUACUUGUGCACCUUCGCAGAGUAUUAUAAUGAGAGUUAUCGAAGAAUUUGAAUACGACUAUUCUUCUGGAAUAUUGUUAAUUAUAGACAAUUACGCUGACUAUUCUAUAAACUUUCAUUUAGCUAAAUUUCAUGCUGAAGAAAAAGGAUAUAUUAUUAAAGUAAUUCAAAUACCUACACAUUCUUUAUCCAUUACCGAGGAGCAAGGUUUUUUAGCAUCAUUUUUUAUGUAUAAAAUAGCUGGAGCUAUGUCAGAAGAAGGAAAGAAUAUAGAUGAAAUUUAUAAUCUUUGCAAACAUAUUGUCCAGAACAGAGAAAUAGUCCUUUUAAAAACAGAGUAUGAAAAUAUAAUUCAUAAGGAAUGUGACAUGGAAAUGCUUUCAAAUUCAGUUAAAGAAAUGUUUAAACCUAUGAUAAAUGUAUUGAAUACAAUGAAUCAAGACAAAGAAAAUAAGGAACUAUAUGAAACAAAUGAUCCACUUGCAAUCGGUUUGCAAACAAAUCCAUUUGCAACAUAUUGUGUUGGCCAUGAUAUUGCAAUUAUGAUAAACAAUUUAGGUUGCAGUCAGCUAGAAACAUACACUUUUAUUUAUAAAGUUUUGAAACAGACAAAAGUAUGCAGUUUCAAAAUAAAGCAAGUAUAUUUAAAGCCAUUAAUAACAAAUUCGAAUACCAAAGGCUUUAAUGUUUGUAUUUUAAAUUUAUCAAUUAAUCCAGUAUUAAUUAAAUAUUUGGAUUUCCCUACAACUGCACCUGCUUGGCCAAAAGUAUUAACUUCUGAUGUGAUAGAAAUGAAGAAAGAUGAUAAAAUAAAUGUAACUACAUCUGGAAAGUAUUGUAAGAAUGGUGAUACACUUCAUAUAAAUAUAAAAGGUCCAACGAUAAAGUAUGAAACAAGUAAAAUAUUUUUAUCAGUUAUAUCAGUGGCAUGUGAAGCAAUAAUAGCAUGUGCUAAACAAUUGAAUAGAAUAGAUCAAGAAUUUGGAAAUGGAAAUUACGGUACAAACCUUGCUCGAGGAGCUGAAGCUAUAAAAGAUACAAUUCAGGAAAAUAAAAUAUUUGGAACAAGCCCAUAUGCAACAUUUAUACAAAUUGGUCAUAUCAUUGACAGAACAGUAGAUGGUUUACAAGGAAAACUUUACACUCUAUUUUUUUUUAAUUUUGCUAAAGCUUUUUCAGAAUAUGAAAGUAACAAACAAAUAACCACUGAUAUGUGGUUAAAUGCACUAGUUAUGGCAAAUAAAGAAAUUGGACAAUUUCAGUUGUUUGAUGUAGGUGAUAAAACUAUGAUAACUGCUUUAACAACAAUACAAUUUUAUUUAGCAAAUGCACUAAAUGAAAAUACAGAUCCUAUUAAUGCAUUUGGUGUAGCUGUAAAAGCUGCUGAGAAUUUUGCUAUGAAUACUGUACAUGUACAAUCUUCCAGUAUGAAGACAUAUAAUGAAUUGAAAUAUCCUUAUCCUCAGGCACAUGCAAUAGGUAUAUGGAUGAGAGGUGCAUAUGAAGAAGAUGGACAGUACGAAUGCGAAGGAUGCCAAAGUAUUGGUAACGUGAAAUAUUUGAGUAAUGAACACGAAACUAGGACAUCAUUCCUUUCUGCUCAACAAUCGUUAACUCAAGAUGUUUGGUGUUUAUUGAAGCAUGCAUGUUUUAGGAGUUUAAGUUGCGAAGUACAUCCUGGUAAAGAAGGUGUCUGCUACUUUGGAGAUGAGUACAGGGGGCAUGUUUUAAGUCAUACGUUUACAUUAAAAGAUGCCCAGGCAAGAGGUUUUCGAAGAUGGUGCAGUUUUAUUGUCUUCAUGAGAGACAAACAGUUUCUUUUAAACAUGUGGCCUUUUCUAGUUGAUAAUUUAAAAGAAGUAAUUCGUGAAUUACAAGAUUUUGCUGAAAAGAAGUACAAUGCAGAAGAAGCAGAAUGUCCACAAAGAAUAGUUCGUCUAACAACAGCUAAUAAUGGAUCGAGAUCAUAUAAUCCAAACAAACAACCCAGAACAUUUAGGGACAUAACAAACGAGGAACAUGUUUUCAUAAGAAUCCACAUGUGGCUGGUAUGGAUUCUUAGCGCAGGAGCAAGACAUUGUAUAGAAAUUUUUCCCAUGAGCUUAUUAGAUGAUGAAUUAAGUUACAAUUUGGAGCAUCAAAUUGAAACUGAGGAAGGAUUUACUUUAGUAAAUGCCAAAUUACCUGUAAACUUAAAUUUAAAUUCAAACGAAUCGGAAGCGACCUCGGAGUUCUCAGAAGUUUCAGGAAAAUCUACUACAGUGAUACUCAGAGAUUUAAGAACCAUAUUAGGAAAAGACCAAUUUAGACAACUUUUAUAUUCUAGUUUAACGGGUGUUCAAAUUUUGGUAAGAGGUCCAAGUAUUCAAAGGUUGGAAUCUUUGUAUGGACUUAGUUCUCUUAUUCCAUGUGCAUGUCGAAGAGUCAAGGCUCGAGCGACAGAAUAUAUGGAUCCUAAUAAGUGUAACUUCAUUGGUAUGGAUAUUUCAGUGGCUGUUCCACUACCUUGCGCAAGUGUAUGUAGAUUAGAUAUUAUGUCUGAUGAACAUAAAGUUGAAAAUUCACAGUCACACGUCGUUAGAUGGACGGGUUCUUUGCCACUGAAACUUCCAACAUUACUAACAAAAAUUGAAAAAUCACUUGACAACGAAAAACUUGGAAAUUCUACCCUUAAAGCACAUUUUGCUGCGCUACAGGAAGAAUGGGCAAACAUCGCAAAAGUUGUCCAUGCCAUGCGAGGUCGUGGUCAUAGUGGAGACCUUUCUGGACUUAUGCUUAGCUUAGGUGCUGGUCCUCACGAUAAAAAAUUACUAGAUGCAUGGUCAAUGGGUUUACCACCAAACCCAGCAUGAAUUUUUUAAUUAACUGACAAUAUCUUAUACAUUGUAGAGUAUUAUUGGAUUUCAUAUAAUUCAAUGUAUAUGUAUUCUUAUUUGUAUUUUCAAUUUCUUUUUCAAUAUUUAUAUAUUCAAGGUUGUGCAUCAUUUUUUAAUUUAUAAUCAAAAGUAAGGACAAAAACUGAUGUCAAUAUAAAAUAAAUUAUUUUACAUACA